UCCUGGCAGCACACAUAUGGAUGUCUUGUGGCGUUUUUUGUGCUUGUGUGCCAUCGCCAUUUGUCGUGUCAAGUGUAAGAAGCCUCUCUUUGUUGGUGUUCUACUGCCUUCCAAACCGAAUCCUUCCGUCUACUCGCGCCUCACAGCGCCUGCCGUCCAGCUUGCCGCCCAUCACAUCAAUGCGUCGCCUGAUAUUCUACCUGACUACGAGAUUGUACUUGACUUCAAAGACUCCGAAUGUAAUAUUGGACUGGCCGGUUAUCAGCUGUACAGACUGUUGUCAGGGACUAAUGAGAGAAAGGUUGCAUUAAUUGGUGAGGCAUGUUCAACUGUGACACAACCAUUAGCUCAGAUCUCACAGUAUUGGAAUAUUCCUCAAUUUAACUUUCUUUCUACUUCUCCUGCUCUUGAUAAUACAAUAGUUUACCCACACUAUUAUCAUGUGUUGCCGUCUGAAGAUGGUCUCAAUCCAAGUCGAGCAGCGAUGAUGAGAAAACUUGGUUGGUCACACAGUCUCAUUCUUGUGGAGCCAUCUCAUUUGUUUGAUUUGAACGCUAAGAAUCUGAGAAAUGAGAUGAUAGACCUAGAAUUAUCACGACCUGAAAUAUUGGUGCUGUCUGAUGACUUUCAGGACACCAUUGAACAUAUCAAGGAAGAAGAUGUUCGCAUUUUGUUUGGUUUGUUUUAUGAAGAGACAGGACGCCAAGCUAUCUGUUCGUUGUUGAAGGCAGGUAUUCAUGCACCAGAGUAUGUGUGGGUCUUUGUUGGUUGGUAUCAUGCUAUUGAUUGGUAUCUGGAUAAUACUACGAACUGCACUCGGAAAGAAAUGGCAGCUGCAGUGAAUGGACAUUUUACUGUCGAUUUUGCUCAACUUAGGCCUGAUCAUGAACAGAUUUUGCCAACAGGAAAGACUGUUGAAGAAGUGGGAAGGGAGUUUCAGAGACAAUUGAACCAUUCUACUAACACACCAAUCUCUGCCUCUUUCCAGCAAUAUAGUGCUUAUGGUUAUGAUCUGACGGUGGCCUUAGGUUUGCUUUUUGAUAAAGUGGUGAAACAAUUAGUGAAUCAAAAUAAGACAGAAAAACUUCAUAAUUUUAAUUAUGAAGAUCCAUUUUUGGUGAAUUUGAUUGAUGAGAUAUUGAAAAGAGAGCCUUUUAUAAUAGAAGGUCUAACGGGAAAGGUUGCAUUCUUUAACUACUUGGGGAGCCAAAAGGGAAACACGGGUCGUGCCAGUGGACUUAUUGAAACAUACUACAACAGAGAUGUCAAUGAUUCAACACUGGUGUUUCGAUAUGACAAUAUAAAUGCCAGUCUUACAUCAAUCGGCCAAAUUCGUUGGACAACUUCUGACAAAGUCAAACCUGUUGAUACAAGACCACAUACAUUGAAAUAUUCUAAUGAUGGAAUUUUUAUUUUUGUGGCACUUAUGUCUUCACUUUGCAUUAUUAUUACAAUCGGCCUGCUGGUGUUCACUAAACGGAAAGAAAGCCAUUGGGCAAUCAAAGAGUCUCUACCCUAUCAGAAUAAAUUGUUAUUGAGUGGAGCUUUUGUUACAUAUGUGUCAGUCAUUCUGUAUGGAUUUGAUGGACAAUUCUUUACAUUCAAUAACACGUCAAUUGUCUUUUGUUUUUUACGAACAGUAUUACUUACUCUUGGGUUUACUGUGUCAUUUGGAACAUUGCUGAUAAGAACGGCUACAGAAGUUAUUGAGCAUUUUCUCAACCCGAAAUAUACAAAUGUGGUGGUGGUUUUUGACAUUGUGGUGUUUGCACUUCUCUUGCUUGUUGAUGCUCUAGUCAUUAUUCUCUGGUUUGCUAUUGAUCCAUGGAAGAAAGGAGAACAGAUACUUGAACAAGAAGGAAGAGCUAUCUUUACGCGUAACAAAUGUGCUUCAGUGGCAUUCUGGGGUUACAUCAUUAUUGUGUACAAGUUGCUUGUGCUGAUUGUAUACUUGGUGGCUGCCAUGUUUCGAUAUAAAAUUUACAAGUCAAGGGCUACAGCUGAGCCUUCAUACACCAAUAUUGUUGUCUGCAUUACAGCACUUGCUCUGGGAAUUGCUACAAUUGGGUGUCUGUUUAUCAGCAACCCUGGAGUGCAGUAUGUUUUGGUAUCCAUUUGUUUGAUUUCACUUGUGACAGUUGCUCUUAUCUUACUGUUUGGAAAAAAGGCGUACAUUGUGUGGAAGGGCUUGCCUGAACCAGAAAAAAAGCAGUCAGAACGUGAUCAAAGUUCUGAAUUCACUGAAAAGGACCGAGGAGAGUUGAAGGAAUUAAGGAAAAAGAGUAGUGAUCUUAUGGGUUUGGUUGACAAACUUGUGCGAGAGCGUCCUGUGACUGUUGGUGGCCCAUUGGCUAAUGAAAUUCGACGUGUUGUGGGUUAUGUUCCUGGUGAACCCAGAGAGGGUGUUAUUGUACUUACUUCAUGCAAGAAUUAAUGAAAUAGCUUCACCAAACAUAAUUUGGAGCAGGACUAACAAGGGAACGGCGGGGCGGGGAAAGACUGGCUGAGUGAUUUUAGCUAUAGUUAGAGGGUGGCAAUGCAUGACAACAGCGCUGAUUAACUAAGUUAACUUAGGCUAAUUGAUGUAAGAGUUACUAGCAGUGAAUAAACAGUUUCUGAACUUUCAGCUGAAGCAGAAAGGAUGCUAUAUA